GUCACCAAUUGAAAAUACGUUUAAACCCGCGUAAGUUAAAGCAAUCGUCCUCCUGAAGGUGAGUGAUCAUAAUCAAUCGCCGAUUAUAACGCUCUGUGAUUCACAAACUUGCUGGAAUUUACGUUUCUGGAUUGUCGAAUGAUUCUUUUAUCAUAAGCAAACAAAUCUUUGCAGAGGAUCAUAAUAAUUUCAUCGGAAUAACGUUUAGAUAAAUAGCACAACACAACAGAUUUAGAGAUGCAUGAAGUCCUCCACAAGGAAAGAGCAUCAUGUUUAAAAAUCAGCGAGAAAGUUUUAGAGACGAGCUUUGCCUGUUUGUAUUGAUACAAGCCAACCAUUCUGCAUGCCUUCACUACUACUGCCUAGAUUCUCGCUACUGGAUAUGUCUGACAAGAAAUCACCUCCAAGGAAGGAGAAGCCUUUCAUUGUCAGAACGCCUCAACCAGAUGACAAGGGUAUGAAGAGAAAGCUACUGUCUCCAGCUUCCCCAACACAUGAUGAUGAUGAUAAGAAAACUCCUAAUAAACGUAAACGUGGUAGUCUAAGCCUCGAAGCAUCGCCUAUGACCAACCCUAAAACUCCAGGGGGAGGAUCACGUUCGGUACCACUCUCAGAACGGCAACAACUAGCCAUGAUUAUGCGCAUGUCGGAUGAAACUACCCAAGAUAACAGUGUCAGGCCGCCGUCGCCAACUCCUUUGCUACAGAUAAAGAAAACACAGCUCGACAAGAAAGUGUUCAAGCGUAAUGAGCGUGGGGAGAUGCCCAUACAUAUAGCGGCCAUCAAAGGUGACAUCAAGCUCCUGAAGAAACUGAUCAAAGCUGGCGCUGAUGUUAAUGUCGCAGAUUUUGCUGGUUGGACUCCAUUACAUGAGGCCAGUAACCGAGGUUGGUUCUCUAUUGCAAAACAGUUACUAAAAGCUGGGGCCAAUGUGAAUGUACAGGGACUAGAAAAUGAUACACCACUACAUGAUGCUUCGAUAAAUGGCCAUAGAAAGUUGGUAGAACUACUAUUGAAACACGGCGCUAACCCUCUCCAACAGAAUGCGAAGGGGAAAACACCGCUCGAUGUGGCACCGUCUCCUGACAUGGUGAAAAUUCUGAAGAAAGAAACAAUCUGCUCAGGGAGCGAUACAUCUAGUAUAGAAGACAUUCGGUCACCAAUGUCCCCAGACAGUAUCAUUUCACUGAAAGAUGAUGACAAGAGUUUAGAUUUAGAAGAUAUGCACCAGAAUAACAGGAGUGAAUCGUUUUCAUCAUCAUCAGGAAGCCGUCGCCUCUCAAUGCCAAAAUCUCCCGACGGCAAACUGUCAUCCCCAAGACUAUGUUUAAAAUUUCACCGUGAUAAUUUUGGUUACACAAAUCAGAAAUCUCGAGACUCAAAUGAGCCACAAUACAAGUCGUAUAGUGUAACAAAUAUGUCAGUUGAUUCUAAUAUAGAUACUCCAAUGUUUUCACCAUCUGAUAGCCCUGCUUCAAGUGUUGAUAGUGACCUUUACAAUCCGGGAUUGGAUAGUAUAUCUAACUUCUCAGGCAGCAAGUUAAAAAUAUCAUUACCAGAAGACGAUACAUUAAGGUUUGAUACAAAGUCAAAUUUAAUGAUUCCAGCGUUAAGACUCGAUGGUAACGCAAUAAACGAUGUGAAAGAGGUAUUUCCAGAAAAAGAUACUGAUGUUGUCGAUCAAAAUGAUCAUAACUCUACAGUAGGAACAACUAGUGAUUCAAAUUUGAGCAAAUCUGUUUUAAAACAAAUGGAAACUUUUCCGUUUAAACCUAAUUCACAGUGGAGUGAGUCUCAAAAUGAAGAUUCUAUGGAAUUACCCGAUUUAGAAAUAGAUACUUCAGAUUCCAUUCCCACAAACUAUCAUAAAAACAAUGGAAUUCCUGACUUUGCACAAGAAUGUAAUUCUGUUAGUUCAUCUAGUGCAAAAUCUCCCAGUUAUAGUGGAGUAAAUCAUUCCUCUGUUACAUCAAGUACAGAAUUAAAUGAGCCGUCUGAGUUGUCAAAUUCAGGAGCUGAACAGUUUGGUAACAACACUGUAGUGACUAGUAAUUCAGAUGAUAAUUGUCCAAAACAAAGUGAUGAAAGUGUCGACCAAUCGGAAAGUGUUACAAAUAAGGUGACAGAAUUAUCAUCUACAACAUUGACUAGUGCUGAGUCAGCAGAUUCAUGUUUGUGCCCAAUGACCUCAACUUUAGAUGAGGAUAGUGAUAAAUUAAAUAUUCUUGUACCUUGCUCACCAAAUCGAACUGAAAGUCUCAGUAAAGAUUCCCGUCCCUGUACUCCAAAAGUUCCACCCUUAAAAAUCAUUAUUCCUGCUAAGUCACAGGCCAUUUCCACUCCUACACACACUCAUGAAAGGCUCAAGCUUGGGACGAAGUCUGCUUUACCCUAUGUGAUAAAUCCGUAUCAAGACCAGGACAGGGAUUCAGAUUCCCAGUGUGCUGAGACUGGUGUUUUGCAGGUACCUGCAAACACCAGUACAAAUUUGCAACCAGUCCAAAAUUGCACAGAUUCGGAUGUAACUAGUAAUUGGGAUAAUAAAUAUGUGAUGAAUACAAAUCAGCGGGAAAGUGAUAAAAAUAGUGAUGAAAAUGUAGAUAUGGAAGUGGAUUAUAGUGAUGUGAAUAGUGGCAGUAAACCUCAGGAUAACGAAGUGAACGAUAAAGAUGAUGAUGAUUCAAAAAGUGAUAGUGAAUUAAAAAAAGACGAGAAUAAAAAAGAUGAGCCCACACAGCGAGUGUUAAGAAGUGCUGUCAGAUCUCAACAGCUGUCGACAGAAAGUAAACCUCCAAAACAACAGAAACAGCCAGAUAAAACAGAAAGGAAUAGUAAGUAUUUAAGAAUAAUAAAUUAUAUAACUAUUGAAAAACAGCAUGCCAAAUCUUUCGAAAUAUGUAUCAGUUUGAGAAAAAAGAUUGCUAGUCGACGUUGUGGCUACCUGGACAUGCUGAGUAUUUGUCCGAAGACUCCUCAGGGUUUCAAGGACUAUCUGUUAAAUACAUGUAACUACGUCCUUCAGGGCAACACCACCAGCACUCUCUCAGUUCCAACAUUGUCACCUCCAAACUCUGUCAAAGAUAAGAUGAGAGAUCAGUUUGUACAACAAGAGAAAGCCAGAUACAAACUACGUCUACAGCACCUCAUUGAACGGGAAAAGUUGAUUCUGUCAAUUGAACAAGAGAUUUUACGGGAACAUGGUCGCGCAGCACGUGCUAUCGCCAAUCAGGGCACACCUUUGAGCGUGUGCACGAUACUGAGAGAUGAAGAAAUAUAUAACUUUACUGAGGACCAGGUUCGUCUAGAAGAAAAAGAUAAGAAGAACAGAACACGUUAUAAUGGCCGACAGUUCCUGUCCUGGAUCCAAGACGUCGAUGACAAGUAUGAGAAAAUCAAAGAACUGUUAAUUUUGAGGCAAAAGCAGGAAGCUGAUUCAUUGUAUGCAUACCAGAGACUGGAAUGGGAGUGGCGGCUUAAAGAAUUGUCAAUGUGUGAUAGAAAUGUUAUACCAGAAAUAGAUGAGUUACAUGUCCCAUUGGUGACAGUACAGGAUAAUUUUGACCUGUUGCCCACUUAGCAAACAUUCUUACUGGAGAAGUUGGUUUUAUUCCUCGUAGAUUGGGAUGAGGAUUCUUAGAAAAUGGCAAAAGAUGUACGUACGUACUUGGAAAAAAAGGAAGCUGAUUGUAUAACAGAUGGACAGUAAAUUUUGCUGAGUUAAGAUGAGAGGAAAUUAUCAGAAUCUGAAAGAUGUGAAAUCUGUUGAUUCUGCAUAGUUUGACCUUAGGCUGGUCCUACAAGGUCAAAAGGUCGAAGGUCAUGUGCUAGGUGGGCAGGGCAAGGUGUGUUGAACUUAAUGAAAACUGAAGUAUUAUAUGCAGUGAACUGAUUACAUGUGUAUAAUGCUGCCUGAACAAAGACAUCCAAUCACGUUUGUUUUUUCAUGUCAAUUUUUGAUCAUGCAGUAAAUUAUUUUAUAACUAUGAUAAUGGUCCAAAGGUACACAGAAUGUUGCUUCAUGCAUAUUAUAUAUUAAGGACCUAUGGAGUAUAUAUGUGCUUUUGAGACGGGUUAAAGUUGUUGUCGUAAUCAUGCUUUCAUAUUUGAGUGACUUGUGUGAAUGUUCCUAAUAUUUUUUUCUUACGGCUCAUUUUAGUUUUUUUCAUUUUCCAUUUUUUCUGCUUGACUAAUUUUUUUUUAAAGAAAAAACAAAUGGAUAUGAUUUUUUUAAUACUUUUUUUAAGAUUUCUGUAAGUUUUUCUUAUAACAUUAAAUUUGUAAUGAUAAAAAAGUUUCAUUGUUCACUAAGUAAAUUCUUUGUAGAACAAUGAAAUAUUUUGUAACAAAAUCAUGUUACAAAAAAGUCAUGUUUUGAUGUAGGCUUUUAAUUUAUUACUUUGAUAAGAUAUUUUAUGAGAGUAUUCUUUGAAAGUGAGACCUUAAUGGUUAUAGUUACUGUUUUCAAUUUUACUGGACUCUCACUGCAGUUGGUUCAAAUCUGGACCGGGAAUUUGGAUUCUUCCAUGUGAGGAAGUGAGUUCCUGGUUCCUGCUUGUGCCUGAAUUAUUUAGGUGUGCUGCUACAGGUUUUUCUUCAGCAGUAAAGGCUUGAAAGUAACUGUUUGAUGUUUAAAGUAUUGGUGUCACUUAAAACUUAACCACAACAGUGUGCUUGAAAGUUUACUAACCAAUGGUUAGAAACAACUAUUUGAAGCAAUACAAUAUACAAAAAAUGAAAAUCAUGUUAGCUAAAUUGUACAUUUUUUUUUGCUUUACUUUAGCAAAUUACCCGUCACAAGGUCUGUCUGUUUUUCCUUUGGCAAGUAUUUUCAUCUGCAAAAGUAAACAAUGAUAGUUCCCUUGUUUGAGUUACAAAUUAGAUCAAGUUAAAAUAAACACUUGCAGACAGACAAAAUUUGGAUAUUGUAACCUCUGCCUUAUGUCUUGAUAUAUGAUGACAUUUUGUCUGUGUUCCUUUAUAUAUAAACAUCAUUUUAUUCUGUUGCCUAGCGACAGAAAAAAAGCUGACUUUUCUUAUCUCACUUUCUCGUAUUUCUUUAUAGUAUAUUUUAUUUUUUUGUUGAAGUUAUGAUUUAGAAACUUAUUUAUGUCUUGUUUUUGUUGGAGAGUAGAUCACUUUUUGUUUGUUUGUUUGUUUUUUGUUGUUAUUAGAUAUAUUAGUUAUGAUCUAUGUUAAUGAGAAAAAUACUACUACUUUAACUAUUUAGAGAGAAAAGAAUAUCAUACUUUGUUACCAUAGUAACAGUAAUGAAUUCUUUAAAAAAAAAAAAGAGCAUACUUUUUGGAAACAGGAGACACUUUUUCUAUUGUUGCUUGUUCUAGUUUUUAAUGUCGGUUUCAUGGAGUUAAAAAUGGCAAAACAUGCAUGCAUCAGAAGAUACUUUAGAGUAAUAUUUAUUCAUUCACACAAGCUAGUAUAUCAUUGUAGUUACAUACGGUAUUUUGAAAAAAAGAAACAUUUUCCAAUUGUCUCAACAAUUUCAAACGCUAGUAACAUAGAAAAUUGUUCAUUCUAUUUUCAGAGACAUUUAUGUUGACAGUAUUCAUAGAAAU